UAUUUCAAUUUGAGACCCGAAAGGGAAAUUCAGAAUUAAGACGCCAGUUCACAGACCCAAAAACGUGUUGAUGUCAUACCAGUUAUUGUGACUUUCAUAUUGUUAAACACUCAUUUACAAAGGAGAUAUCUAUGAAAGCAUUAUGGCAAAAAUGGGUUUUUCACUGCCACUGAGAAACAGGGUCCCUUCGGAAAUCGUCUGAUGCUGUACGUGCUCAGUGAAUAAUUUAACCCGAAGAGUUAGCCCGCAAGGACGUGCCGCGCGACUGACAAUGUUGUCGCUUUCAGCUACGAAAGUGUUGUUCAUCAUGGUGGUGGCAGUGUUGUUCCUGUUGGUGUCGGUUUACGACAGCUGGUCGGACAGCAUCUCUCUACAGUACGUCGGGUCGGACGUGCAUUCGCAGCCAAUCACACACAAACAUACCCCUCGUCAUGACAAGUGGAUUGUGACGACGUCGAUAGCUUCUGAUGUGGCUAACGUAUCUGGAUGGAAAAUAAUAGUACUUCAACACACCAAAGAGACAAUGGAACAUUGCAGGUUUCCAUGGUGCUCUGGCCGCGGGACAGAUCAUUUCAACACACCACAGGCAGGUUCUGAGACAUGGACACGCAGGAGACUGCAAGCUUAUACUUAUGCUAUAUCCCACGACGCUAAAGUCAUUGGUGUUGUCCGCCACUUGGACUCCCAUAUGUUGCACGUGUUACGACGAAUGGCUGCCCAUCAGUCUCAGACCGGAAUAGUUCUGAAGACAAACCAAACCUUUGUUGACCCGUCUGUGUCCAAAAAAGAUAUGAUGAGUGCAGCAACGGCAGAAAGAGAAUUCACUAUGUUUGAUUAUUAUAUCGAAACACGUGUUCGUCCCCUGAUUCUGUCUGGUCCAUUUGGGUGUGUGAAGAAUGGAAUCUGUCCUGAUAAACGGACGUACUUUCAUUCCAGCAGUCAACACCCGCCUGUGUUUCUUCCGCGCAACACGUUUACCUCCCUUAGUUCUGAAAUGACCGUCUUCCGGUAUGAUGCAUUCUGGGCUCUGCCUCUGUUGGAUGUUGACAUCGGGGAUCUGAUAGUACAGAGGUUCGUGUGGGAAUUGGAUGGAAUGGUAGGGAUUCAUCCAGUCCCUGUAUCUUCAUUACGGAAUCAACGGAGAUUUGUCAUGAGGAGAAUGUGGAUCGCAGAUCUUCUACGGUCAUGGAAAUGCACAGUGAAUUCUGAUUUGCUAUAUUGUUUGGGUAAUGUGAUAAACAGAAUUGGAUCAGAACGACUGGUUCCUUUGAAGAAUGUAGUUUGGUUGACGGAAUGGAUUUCCGAGUUGAGAAAAAAUAGCUAUGACAUUCCCGCUCGCCAAUUUCGACAACGAACACUGAAUCGUGCGACAACCAUAGGACUUCUGAAGACACCACUGGCAAACAGUUUAUUUAACAAAUUUGCCUACAGGUAUUUGAAGGAACUGUGUCCAGGAGCCGACAUUAGGUUUCCACUAAAGAUCAUUGAUGAUAUAGCACUUAUCAUCACAUUCAAUGUUCCGAGAUUUUAUAAAAAUAUACAGAGUUUGGAGGCAAUGUAUCGACCAUAUUUUCCAAACAUUAUUUACUGUGGGCCGAAACUGAAGGCAUUUAAGAAAUUUGUCAGUAAUUUCACCACAGGACAUUUUCUUUAUGUAGAAGCAUUCAAGAGAGGAUGGUACUAUAUGUAUGAAUGCACGGUGGAAGCCAUGAAACUAAACCUGGAUGUGAAAGGAUUCUUACAGAUCGGCGACGACACACUGAUUAAUCCUUGGAAUUUGUACUCGCAACCACGUGACAAGAUAUGGCUUCUUAACAGCUUCCGGAGGGCUAAUGCUUCUCUCGACGAACUGAAACCUCGAUGGGGAUGGUGGAGUAAGGUGAAACCCAGAAUACAGGCGGUUUUAAACGAAAUACGGAAUAUUGCAGAACACGGAUCUGAGAGGGGUCUUGAAUAUCGUUUCUUACAAAAUUUUCAAAAUAUUUCCCGGAAUUUUACAAAUUUGUUCAUUCAGACAUGUGACUUUAUGUAUACACCAGCCACUUUUAAAGACAAUUUCACAAGUAUGGCAAAUUUGUUAUUGAAACAUAAAGUCAUGAUAGAGAUAGGGUUUGCAAAUAUUGCCCUUGGUUUGCAGAGAUGGCAGAACAUACAUUUUGUGACAGACGGUGGUUUGUGGGGCAACAGAGAUAAAUAUAUAUCAAUGUAUAACCCUAAACGGGUAUUUCUGCACCCUUUUAAAGUUCAGACAUAUCUGAAAACUGUUCCCGGUAGACAUUUCUUCUGUAACACCUAUCUCAAUAGGACCUUACGACCACCCUGAGCCGCUGAUACUCAGCAUAUCAGCUGAUUAUGCUACUUCAGGGCUAAUGGUGCAUCCUGUACGUAUUGUAUCAAGCAUAUGUAUACAGGUCUUUGGUAAAAAUAAAGCAGUUGA